AGCACUGGCUGCAUCCUGGUACCGGGUACGGUCGUGACAGUGGUAACGUCGGUCGUCGUUCAAAGUCUGGUCUGGAGCUGGAGGAUAUUAACUCAACAAACUGUUAAUAGUGUCUGGAACUCUUAAAAAACCGUACGACCAGACAACAUCUCUCUUCAGUCUUUGUAUACACUGUAAAUCUUCAUUUACUGAAGUGGAACGGGUGAGGCUCCCAACAUGAAUUCAUCAGAAAGUGCUACGGGUGGGACUUCUAACACGACUACAUCAGAAAGCGCUACAGGUGAGACUCGAAACAUGAAUACAUCAGAAAGCGCUGCAGGUGAGACUCGAAACAUGAAUACAUCAGAAAGCGCUGCAGGUGAGACUCCAAACAGGAAUACAUUAGAAAGCGCUGCAGGUGAGACUCCAAACAUGAAUACAUCAGAAAGAGGUACAGGUGGGACUCCCAACAUGAAUUCAUCAGGAAGCGCUACGGGUGGGACUCCUAACAUGAAUACAUCAGAAAGCGCUAAAGGUGACACUCGAAACAUGAAUACAUCAGAAAGCGCUGCAGGUGAGACUCCAAACAUGAAUACAUCAGAAAGAGGUAUGGGUGGGACUCCCUACAUGAAUACCGGUACAUCAGAAAUGUGUGGUAUGCCCAUCACGAAUUCGUCAGAAAAAGCUUUCAAUGGGAUUCCCAACAUGAAUUUAUCAGACUGUGCUAUGUGUGGGAUCACCUUCGUAAAAGGGGCGAAGGGUUAUGGUCGGAUUAGACUAAGGAGAUGUACUACCCUGGGAAUAGCCCAGAAAUUCUGUCGAGGGCCUGUGUGUUUGGACAAUUUUGUGUGCCGAAAAUGCGAGCGCUUCAUGAAGAAAACAAAGAAGCAAAAAAGUUUUUUGAUAGCUGAGAAAAAACUUUUGAAAAAUGGGGCUCAUUCAAAAGGUUUACAAUUACCUGUUUGCUCCCCAUCGCAAAAUGCUGAUAGUGGAGUCCAACAGAAACCUUGCGCUCAGGAAAAUGAGGGAAGAGAUAAAAUCGAAUCACCCACAAGCGCGGUUCCCAUGGAGACUGGUCCUGAGGUUCAAGAUUGGGAUGAUAUGGAAGAAGGAGAAGAAACCCAGAAAUCACAGAGUUCAAGUCGAUCCUUGCCAAUAGAUAAAGUCAUUGCCUACCUGACGGAGUACAAAUAUCUGAUCGGGCUCAGGGCUCUCAGUAAGGUUUCUGCAACAGCCAAGCAAGCACUGAUAACUGUAGUGGCAGAAAUAAUAAAAAACGAGAUAAAAUCACAACCAAAGAUCAAGGCAUUUCAGCAACGUAUCAGCCACUCUGCAGUCUCUUCAUUUUCCUGGGUAAAAGCGAUGGAGGAGGCUCAGGAGAGCUUACCAGCCACAGUCCAAUGUAUCUGGGCUAUGCUACCACUCAAAAAGAAAAGAAAAUAUGAUAGUGAUGUUGCUCGAAAGGCUGUCCAAAUGCUGAACAUUGCCCUCUACACUAGAUCCCGCAACUACAAGUUUGUACCAUCGUCUGUUGCUUUAGAACUCUUCAAACUACAAGCAAGCAAGAAGGUUAUCAGUACAUUUAACCACAUUGCGAUAUCCCAGAGCAAGUGUGCAAUCAAGGGCAAUCUCAAUGCCAUUAGAAAAGAACAUGAACAGGAACUUCUGAACUGGAAAGAGUCUCAGGAAAAAAUGCAAGCUGAUCAAGGAUCGCAAGACGGCCAAAGGCAUGAUAGUUAUGGCUUUGGCUACAGCCGUGUCCAACUUGGAAGUGAAGCAAAUGCAGCAGGCCACUCAAACACACAAACUAUCUGUUUUGCAGUCAAAGAUCGUGCUUAUAAGAAGCCUGUGAAAAGACAUAUUUUAGCCGGGAGAGCAACCAAGGUGCAAGUGCCGGCUGCAGAACUUGAUCCCUAUACGUUUCUCCCAUCCCCCGAGGUCUUCGAGCGCAGAAGAUCGAGGGCUGUAUUCCUGGUCAAGCACCUCAUUGCCAAGCACCUGACGAAAGUCCAGCAUCUGAAGGAGAUGAUGCCUUCCAGGAUCCUUCACAGCCACACCAAAGAAAUGGAUGAGAAGUCUCAAUGCGUUACUCUCGGCGUAGUUGAUGCUAACCCAGGCUCCACACAGGGUAUGAUAUCUGUCCUUGAACGUUUGCAGAAUUAUAUGCCUGUGAAGGAAGGUAAGCCGACACCAUGCUUACUGAGUGGGGACAUUGAGCCCAUUCUUCAUGCGCAGAGGCAUGCCUGCAGUGAAGGAGAAGACGGGGAUGGUCGCUUUGUUCCCAUAUUUGCCUGCCCUCAAGAAUAUCAAAAGGAACUUCUCCAUGUACAAGAAUCAAAUAAAAAGUUCUUCAAAGCAUCCAGUAUAACUGAUAGAGGGACGAUCGCCCAGCUGCGGAACCAGUUUAAUCUCAGAUUAUUCAAGAACGAGACCAAUGAAAGAUAUCAGCAUGCAUGGGAUAUGUACGAGUUUGUGACAGAAUCACACAUCCUAUUGUGUGCAAUGAAAUUGUGUGGAGUGACAUCACUUGAAGAUGAACCGGAAGGACUGCCAAGCAAUGAGAAUGAUGCAAAGCAACUCGAGUGGUUGACUAACCUUGCACAUCGAGUGGUGGACUUCUGCUGGUCUCCUCCAGAAAGAGAAGAUGUACACGUAGCUGCCGCAUCAUAUGACAAAAACCUGAAAGACGUUGCGGAAAAAGCCCUUCGAUACUGUCGUUGCAACGCUCGUGAGAAGUCAGAUGACAUGGUCUUGUGCUGCGCCAGAACAUGCAAGCAUUCCUGGUUCCACUUAGACUGUUUGGGACUGAAAAAGGCUCCGGACUCGGAAGAUGACUGGUACUGCUCCAAGAAAUGUCAAAAGAGCGCAUCCUACAUCUACUGUUUCUGUCACACGAAGCAACCGGUGGGGGUGAAUAUGGUCCAGUGUCACCUAGCGGAGCAGUGUAAGAAGUAUGUGUGGUACCACCAAGAUUGUGUGUCUACUAGCACGGAUGCUCCCUUACCAGACACAUGGUACUGUUCUGAGGAAUGUGCGCUUGAAGCUGAAAAUGAUGACCAUGUGCUGAACCACACCAAGGCUCUUAUGUAUGAAGGUCUAUGUCAUCUUAUCAGACGUCAAGCCGUUAGUGAGGGUAACGGACCGGCCAUGGUGGAUGACUGGAAGGCUGAUAUGCUCAACUUCCAUGAGUGGGGUCAUUGGGAGUAUCUUGCUACUGGGCAUUAUUUUCUUGCAUGUGUUGAAGGGUUUGCUGAUCCAGAACUUCAAUUCAGCUUCCUUUGGAACAGAGUUGCGAACCCCAAAGGCACGCCGGGAGGAAACGUUGGAUUGGACGCUGUGCAUGAAUGUGUGAAUUUGGACAAUGCCGGAGUAAUCAAACCUCCUGGAGGGAGUAUUACCCCAGACCUGCUUGCGAGAUAUGCUCAACUGAAAGGGCCAUUUGGAAGAGAUCUUGGUACCCUCUUUGCAAUGUCAGGCCCUGCGGAAGAAAGAUCAAAGAAUGCUAAGACUGACUGCUAUAACCAGGGCAUCCAGCGUUUCACCAAGGAGUACCAGUCCGAUGCCCUCUUUGACUACAUUCCAGGAAGGGAGCACGCAGGCUUUGGUGUCUUUGAAAACAGUUGUCAAGUGGAGAAUCCCAAGCAGUUAGGACGAAAGUUGCAGAGUCUUUCAGCUGAAUUGGACGUGUGGAAAAGUGUUACUACAUCGUGCAGGGAAACGUGAACAAUGCCCUCUUUGACUACAUUCCAGGAAGGAUGCACUCUGCCUUUUGUGUCUUUGAAAACAGUUGUCAAGUGGAGAAUCCCAAGCAGUUAGGACGAAAGUUGCAGAGUCUUUCAGCUGAAUUGGACGUGUGGAAAAGUGUUACUAAAUCAUGCAGGGAAACGUGAAGUUAGCCAAGAUGUGAGCCAUGGGUUGAUUUGACAGUAAAAAAAAACUUAUGCCAAGGGUUUAAUUUAGAUACCUUGUCAAAAUUUCAGAGCUGUGUCUUUCCUGAAGGAAUCCCACAAGUGGCUCUUCAUUACCACCCAUUCUCACAUUUCAUUGUUCUCCUAGUCGAAAUGCUGGAAAGUUGCUAUUGAAAGACUCAUGGGCCCGCAUUCUGAAGUCGGGUUGAACUUAACUCAGGUUUAAAGUUGUGGUUUAAGUAUGG